GCGCGCAGCAGCCGCGGGAGCGGGCGCUCGGAGCGCGGAGUCCGGGGCGCACUCCGCGUUGUAGGGGCGCGCGGACCGCGGGGACGCUCUAGGACGCAGUGUCGGAGCGCGCCGCCCCAGACCCUGCCCCUCCUCCGCGCCUCGCUCCGCCCGGACAUUCCGCAAGUGCCCGGACCAGCUGGACAGCUCAGAUUGCCCGUGGCGAUUGGCGCUCCAGGAGGCAGCAGGUGGACCCGGGCUUCCCGCGGGCGGCCCCCGUCCCAGACUCCCACGUCGGGCGUGAUGGAGGCGGACGGAGACCCAGACGAGCUGUCCAGGCUGCGCAGGGUCUUCGCCGCCUGCGACGCGAACCGCUCGGGCCGCCUGGAGCGCGAGGAGUUCCGCGCGCUGUGCGCCGAGCUGCGCGUGCGUCCGGCGGAUGCAGAGGCCGUGUUCCUGCGGCUCGACGCGGACUGCGACGGCGCCAUCACCUUCCAGGAGUUCGCGCGCGGCUUCCGCGGGGCCCGGCGCGGGGGGUGGCGCCGGAGCUGGGGACCCCGGGAGCCAGCGUCCCUGGCGGCGGCCCAGGCGGGGCUGGAGCCCCCGGGCAGCGAGGACGAGAGCGAAGAGGAAACAGCGGCGGCGCUGGCGGCUCCCUGGGGCCCGGAGAGCCCGGGCCGCGCUUGGCAGGACUUCCAGGCGCGACUGGGGGACGAGGCCAAGUUCAUCCCCAGGAAAGAGCAAGUUAGUACUUUGUAUCAAAACAUCAACCUUGUGGAGCCCAGACUAAUUCAGCCAUAUGAACAUAUUAUCAAGAACUUUCUCCGGGAGAUCAAGCUUCAGAGCACAGAAAUGGAGAAUUUGGCCAUUGCAGUGAAGAGGGCCCAGGACAAAGCAGCCAUGCAGCUGAGUGAACUGGAAGAGGAAAUGGAUCAGAGGAUUCAGGCUGCUGAACACAAGACACGGAAAGAUGAAAAACGCAAAGCUGAGGAAGCCCUCAGUGACCUCAGGCGCCAGUAUGAAACAGAAGUUGGAGAUCUUCAGGUGACAAUAAAGAAACUCAGAAAGCUAGAAGAACAAUCAAAACACUUAAGUCAGAAAGAAGACGUGGCUGCAUUAAAGAAACAAAUUUAUGACUUAUCAAUGGAAAACCAGCAAGUUAAGAAAGAUCUCUUGGAAGCACAGACAAACAUAGCUUUUCUUCAGAGUGAAUUAGAUACUUUGAAAAGUGAUUAUGCUGACCAAAGUCUAAAUUCUGAAAGGGAUUUGGAAAUAAUCCGAGAGUACACAGAAGAUCGAAAUAGUCUGGAGAGACAAAUUGAAAUACUCCAAACGGCUAACCGGAAACUGCAUGACAGUAAUGAUGGCCUAAGGAGUGCUCUGGAAAACAGUUACAGCAAGCUAAACAAAUCCUUGCGCAUAAAUAACAUAUCACCAGCGAAUACAAUUUCAAGAAGCAGUCCCAAAUUUAACGGUCAUUCUCCUCAGGCUCUGGGAUAUGACAGGUCCUCCCGCUCUUCCUAUGUGGAUGAGGACUGUGACUCCUUGGCCCUCUGUGACCCCAUGCAGAGGGUAAAUUGUGAAGUGGACAGCCUUCCUGAGAGCUGCUUUGACAGUGGUUUGUCUACCCUGAGGGAUUACAAUGAGUACGACUCAGAGGUGGAAUUCAAGCACCAGCGGGGAUUUCGCAGGACACACGGCACACAGGAGAGCUUUGGGGGAGAUGCUUCAGAUACGGACGUUCCUGACAUAAGAGAUGAAGAGACAUAUGGUUCAGAUGGUGUGGCUUCUGUCUUAGACUGGAAGCCCCCAGGCUCAGUUAGUGAAGGCAGCAUUGUAGGUUCUUCCAGAAAGCCCAUCUUGGCACUUUCACCACAGACAGACAUGGCAGAUGAUGAGCAUAAAUCUUCCAGCUCACAGAAGGCUUACAAGAUUGUUCUUGCUGGGGACGCUGCAGUGGGGAAGUCUAGUUUCCUCAUGAGACUUUGCAAGAAUGAAUUUCGAGGAAAUGCAAGUGCCACCUUAGGGGUUGAUUUUCAAAUGAAGACACUCUUUGUUGAUGGAGAACGGACAGUACUGCAGCUCUGGGAUACAGCUGGCCAGGAGAGAUUUAGAAGUAUUGCCAAGUCUUACUUUAGAAGAGCAGAUGGUGUUUUGCUGCUGUACGACGUUACAUGUGAGAAAAGCUUUCUCAAUGUACGAGAAUGGGUAGAUAUGAUUGAGGAUGCAAACCAAGAAAGUAUUCCCAUCAUGUUGGUAGGAAACAAGGCUGAUCUUCGUGAUACUGCAGAAACAGAGGGACAGAAAUGUGUCCUGGGGCAUUUUGGAGAAAAAUUGGCCAUGACCUAUGGGGCAUUGUUUUGUGAGACGAGUGCCAAGGAUGGUUCUAAUGUAGUGGAAGCUGUUCUUCAUCUUGCUCGGGAAGUGAAAAAAAGAACUGAUGAGGAUGACAGCAAGUCUAUUACCAAUCUGACCAGUUCAAAAAAGUCAACCCAUAUGAAGAACUGCUGCACCAGUUAAAUCCCAGACAUCCAUAGCUUAUUAAGCCUUCAUUACCAGAGUACUGAAUUUCUAUGUCUUGUUGGCUUCUUAAAAAGACUGGUGUGUUUUCAAACUCCUGUCACAUGGAAAAUUUCAACAUGGGAAAUCUGAACUGUGCCCUCAGAUCCCCCUGGCACCUCUGCUCUUCUCUGUUACACACCAAAGAACCAUUUAGGCCCUCUGGCUAAAUAGUUUCUUUUUUU